AUGUCGUUGAAAAACUUAAUAAAAGAGAAAAAUCAAGCCUACCGCCUCCGAUGCCAGUUCCGUGGGCAACCAGAAUAUGCGCAGUAUAACGAUCGUUUUCAUGCUUUGAAGAGUCAAGUCCGCUUCGCCAUCGUCGAUGAGAAACGCAAAUUCUUCCAACGCAACCGGGACGCAGGAGAAGUGAUUUGGCGCGAGCUUGGCAAAUUACUGCGUAAGAGAAAGCAGACAAAAGAGCCAACAAUGGAACCGGAUGUGCUGAACGCUCACUUUGCAGCACAAGGGCUGCAUGGGAAUGAACACACUUCACCAGCCGUCCCUUCGGGCGGUGACAGUAUUAACCCUUUGCUUUGCAGGUUUGAAGAAAUUACCGAGGAUGUUGUUUCCUUUCAGUUGCAGAAGAUGGCCAAACGGAAAAAGAGCGCUGGACCGUGCGGCGUGCCUGCAAAAAUCCUCGGUGGAAUCAGCAUGUGCUUGACGAAACCGUUGACAUGCAUGAUCAAUGCCUCGUUGAAGUCCGGAGUAUAUCCGGCCAUAUUCAAAAAUGCAGAUGUUGUCGCUAUACCGAAGCAAGCCAAUGCCCGACAGCCGGAUGACUACCGCCCUAUUUCCCUUGCUUGCAACCUAUCCAAAGUAUUUGAGAAAGUAGUGCAGAACCAGCUAGUGACAGUUCUGAAAAGAAACAACAUCCUAUCCGACAAGCAGUCUGGAUUUAGGAAAGGCCAUUCCUGCGAAACACUGCUACUUAAAGUUUCAGAAAGAUUGCGAAAAGCGAUGGAUAAGGGGCAAGUUACUGCUGUAUGUCUUUUGGACUUGAAAAAAGCGUUUGACUCAGUUUCCCAUGCCAAACUUAUCGAAAAACUAAGAAUGAUCGGAAUUGAAGACAACACCUUGUGCAUGAACGAGAAGAAGUGCAAGUUAAUGUACAUCUGCUCGGAAGCAAAGAACAGCCAGCCCUCUCCUGCUGUAAUGAUUAACGGUCACCAGAUGGAUGUAGAACAGUCGGUAAAGUAUCUGGGAGUUUACUUUGACCGCAACCUGAAAUGGGGAGUGCAUUAUGACCACGUACUGCGGAAAGUCAACUACGGCAUCGCUAUGAUCAACCGCGCGAAAGACGGCCUGGAUCUGCCUCAGCGUAGGAGCCUUUACCAUGCCUGUGUACAGCCACAUCUCGACUACGGGUCAGUAUGA